AAAAUAUGAACACCCAUUCAUAGCGGGCACAUACAAUGGCAAACUCUUUCUUUAAUAUGCCAAUUUCCGUCAUCACUUUCUUCUUCUUCUUCUUCUACCUCCUUCUCUUUACCAUCCCCAAAACCACUGCUGCAAACCACACCAUAUCUCACUCCCAGUCUCUAACCGAAAACCAAACCUUACUUUCCAUCAACACAACCUUCCAACUUGGUUUCUUCACUCCUAACAACUCUAAAAACCGCUACCUCGGCAUAUGGUACAACAAUCUCCCGGUUCAAACCGUGGUAUGGGUCGCGAACCGAGAGAAACCAAUCACAACAAACAUCCCUUCUGUUUUGAAGAUAAACACCACACAAAACAGCACCACACUUGUCGUCCUCCAGAACAACUCUGUUAUAUGGUCUACACCGCCGUCGAGACGCGCUUCCAAUCCGGUUCUUCAGCUACUGGACUCAGGGAACCUUGUUUUGAGAGAACAAGAUGAUAAAACUGAAAAGAACUAUUUAUGGCAGAGUUUUGAUUACCCUUCUGACACGCUUCUUUCAGGGAUGAAGCUAGGGAAGAACUUGAAAACCGGCCUGGAUCGACGCGUGACCGUGUGGAAAACCGUGGAUGAUCCUUCACUGGGAAACUUAACUUGGAUGAUGGAAGUUACAACCUGGCCACAUCCAAUACAAACAACAGGAUCAAAGAAACAAUUCGACAGUGGACCGUGGAAUGGAUUGGUCUACAGCAGCAUGCCAACCAGAGUUCGCCAACCAACUUUCGAUUAUGUCUAUGUCUCCAAUGAGGAUGAAGUUUACUUCAUGUUCCAUCUUGUUAACAACUCUGUUCCAACAAGAAUGGUGCUGGAUGCAACUUCUUACAAGCGUCAGUACUCGGUUUGGGACUACGGUUCGCAAGAAUGGAAGGCUUAUAACUCGCUGCCGCGAGAUUUUUGCGAGCAAUACGGCGUUUGCGGCCCCAAUGGGAACUGUGAUUUGUCAAAGUUGCCUGCUCAGGCAUGUGAUUGUUUGAGAGGGUUUAGGCCCAGUAUGAAAAGAUGAAAGUGCCUGAUACUGUGAAUUGUUGGUACCUGAAUGAGAGCAUGAAUCUUGAUGAGUGCAGAACGAAAUGUUUGGGGAAUUGUUCUUGUGUGGCUUAUACGAAUUCGGAUAUUAGAGGUGAAGGUAGUGGUUGUGCUUUGUGGUCUGGUGAUCUUUACGAUUUGAGGAUUUUACCAGAUGCAGGCCAAGAUUUGUACAUUAGAGUGCCAGCUUCAGAGUUAGAUUCAAACAAUGGACGAAAGGUCAAGAUAGGAGUUGGAGUUGGAGUCUCAGUUGGCGUAUUAUGUGGCCUUCUCUUAGCAUUCUGUUUGAUAUGGAAAAGGCGAAAAAGGGCCACUCUGAAAGAUCAUGUAGAGACUAAUGCAGCAUUAAAGGAUCAGUCCAAGGAAGAACAAGAGGAAGAUCCAGAGGUUCCAUUAUAUGACCUAUCAGUUAUAGCUUCUUCCACUGAUAACUUUUCAGACAAAAAUAAGCUUGGAGAAGGUGGUUUUGGACCUGUGUUUAAGGGAACAUUAGAAAAUGGGCAAAGAAUUGCAGUUAAGAGACUUUCAGUUAGUUCCGGACAAGGGAUCAAGGAAUUUAAGAAUGAAAUUGCCUUGAUAGCCAAACUUCAGCAUCGUAAUCUUGUAAAGCUUCAUGGAUAUUGCAUUCAAAAUGAAGAGAAAUUACUUAUAUACGAAUAUAUGCCUAAUAAAAGUUUGGAUUUCUUUAUAUUUGAUCAAACACAAAGAACAGUAUUGGAUUGGCCAAGACGAUUUCAUAUAAUUUGUGGCAUUGCAAGAGGUCUUCUUUAUCUUCAUCAAGAUUCAAGACUUAGAAUAAUUCAUAGAGAUCUUAAAGCAAGUAAUGUUUUACUAGACGAUGAGAUGAAUCCUAAAAUAUCAGACUUUGGAUUAGCUAGAAUUUUGGGAGGAGACCAAACUGCAGAUUCUACACGUCGGGUGGUUGGAACUUAUGGAUACAUAGCACCAGAAUACGCGAUAGAUGGAAACUUCUCAAUAAAAUCAGACGUAUUUAGCUUUGGUGUUUUGCUGUUGGAGAUAAUAUCAGGAAGGAAAAACAGAGGAGAACACAAUCAAAAAGAAAGUACAAGCCUUAUUGGACAUGCAUGGAAUUUAUGGAUACAAGAGAGGCCAUUGGACUUGGUUGGUGAAUACCUGAAAGAAUCUUGUAAUGCUUCUGAAGCAUUGCGUUGCAUUCAUAUUAGUUUCCUGUGUCUGCAGCAGCAUCCACAUGACAGGCCAGAGAUGUCAUCUGUAAUUUUGAUGUUGGGUAGUGAAAUUGGUUUGCCUAAGCCAAAACAACCGGCUCUAUUUGUUAGAGAAUAUUCUUCUUCUAAUAAGGAUUAUUCUUCAUCAAAUAAGAGUAAUUUAGCUUCUGUCAAUGAAUUAAGUAUCUCCAAUGUAGAAGCUCGUUAGGGAGUAUAUAUAUUGUGUAGCAAAAUAAGAGCAGAUUAAAUGGCUUUGUACUGUAACGAUGACCAGUUAAUUUCGGUGUUAUGUAAUUUCCUUCCUUUCCUUC